ACGUUCAGCGUUCGGGACGACGGACGGACAAAUUUGGAAACGGUGAAACGCAGUGAGUUUAAUAAAUAUCAAAUAAUCGUGAUAUGAAAUUAAACUAAAAUAAUUAAUGGGUGAAAAAAAAUUACCAAAGCAAUUUUAAUUUUCGGGAGGCUUGAUAAGAUAAAAAUAGUUGGUACGUUAGUCACUUCGUGGUUCUCGAUUUGAAAUUGCUGUUUAUUACUCCUGUAUCCCUUCCUCUGUCUGUGGCCAAAGUGAACGACGGUUGAACCAGCUGAUCUAUUCAGCUUUAUUUCAAAACGGCCUUUUUGUAAAGUUGACACAGUUAGAGAGAUAGAAGCAGGUGUGGACUUUUAAUCAUCAGGGUUUCAAACUUAAAUUUUCACACCUAAACUCAGGUGCCUGGUCACUAUGGAUGAGGACACAGAAUAUUUGAAACUCCCAAUAGAAGAUCAAUGCGUUCAUAAACUGUGGAAAGCCAGAGUUCAUGGAUAUGAAGCUGCUUUGAAACUCUUUGGCCAAUGGGAGGAGAAAAGUCCUGAAUGGAAUAAAUAUACUUUUCUUAUGAAAAAGAUUGUGAUUGAUAGUAAUGCAGUGGCUCAAGAAAAAGGUCUUGAAACGGUCCUCUGUUUUGUUGAAAAUUCAGCACAGGCUUCUAAAACUGUCGGUGAUGUAGUUAGUGGACUCAUUGCAAAAUGCUUGGGUGCUCCCAAAGCAAAAACAAAGGAUAUGGCCAUUCAAAUUGCAUUGAUGUAUGUUGAAAUAGAAAAGUAUGAAAUUGUGCAAGAAGAAAUUUUAAAGGGAAUAGCAACUUCUAAAAAUCCCAAAGUUGUUGCAGCCUGUAUUGCUACUCUGACUCAAGCACUAAGAGAAUUUGGACCUAAAGUUAUUAAUAUCAAGUUGGUACUGAAACAAGUCCCAGUGCUUUUAGAAGAUCGCGACAAGAAUGUGCGAGAAGAAGGGAAAAAGUUGGUGGUGGAGCUUUAUAGAUGGAUUGGACAAGCUCUAAAGCCUCAAUUGUCUGCCCUUAAACCAAUUCAAGUUACUGAAUUGGAAGCUGAAUUUGAAAAGCUUGGUAACGAAAAACCCCAACAAACCCGAUUCUUGCGUUCACAACAAGAUCUCAAAGCUAAAAUGGAAGCUCGAAUGACGGAAGGAAAUGAUGCAAAUGAAGAAGAGGUUGAUGGAGCCGAAGCUAUUCCGGACAUUGAUCCUUACGAAUUACUGGAACCCGUCGAUAUUUUAUCUCAGUUACCGAAAGAUUUUUACGAUAAAUGUGAAGCCAAAAAAUGGCAAGAACGGAAAGAGGCAGUGGACGCGGUAGAACAAUUAGUAGCAAAUCCAAAGCUUCAAACUGGAGACUACGGAGAUUUAGUCAGGGCCUUGAAAAAGAUCAUCGCCAAAGACUCAAAUGUAAUGGUUAUUGCCGUGGCCGGCAAAUGCAUGACCGGUCUGGCCAACGGACUAAAAAAGAAAUUUUCACCCUAUGCUUUAGCUUGUAUACCAACAAUUUUAGAAAAGUUCAAGGAGAAGAAACAGAACGUUGUAACUGCUAUGCGUGAGGCCAUCGAUGCAAUCUAUCCCAGUACGACGAUUGAAGCUAUUCAAGAAGAUGUCUUAGCUGGACUAGAGAACAAAAAUCCAUCGGUCAAAGCUGAAACUGCAGCUUUCUUGGGUCGAUGCUUUUCAAAAUGUAAUGCAACAGUAUUAAACAAAAAACUUCUAAAGGCCUAUUGUCCAGCUCUGAUCAAAACUUUAAACGAGUCGGAUCCUGGUGUACGUGACAGUUCAGCUGAAGCCCUUGGUACGGCUAUGAAAGUCGUCGGCGAAAAAGUAAUCAUGCCUUUCCUUCCAGACUUAGAGGCCAUGAAAAUGGCAAAAAUCAAGGAAUGUUGUGAAAAGGCUGUCGUUUGCGGUAAAUCUUCUGGUCCAGCUAAACCCAAAGCUGCUGUUGUCGCAAAUGAUGUAAAGGAAACUACUGCUAAGCCUGCUGAGGCAGCACAAAAGAAACCUGGGGCUGUCAUUAAGAAACCGACACCAGCAGCAUCUGGAAGUGGCCCGCCGAAGAAAACUGCAGGAAAACCAUUGGCGAAAAAACCAGCUGGAGCGGGUGCCAAAGUCGAAGAAAAAUUGGAAAAAGAGCUUUCACCAGAAGAAGUAGAGGAGAAAGCUGCUGCCAUUUUACCUCCGGAAGUGAUAACUGGAAUUACGGAUGCCAAUUGGAAGACUAGAUUGGGUGCUAUGGAGUCUUUGAUGCAGACAAUCCAAACACUCGAUAGAGUUGACAUACCUACACAAGUUUUGGUACGAACUUUGUGCAAAAAACCAGGCUUGAAAGACAACAACUUUCAAGUCACUAAACUGAAAUUAGAAGCCGUCAAGUAUUUAGCAGAAAAAUCAGAUUUUUCAAAGCGGUCGGCUGAAUAUGUCAUUAAUGACGUUGUCGACAAAUUAAGCGAUGCUAAGAAUGGAUCCAUCACUACAGAAGCAUUGACUGCAAUCGCCGAAGCUACUGCUCUAGAUUUUGUGGCCAAUCAAGUUACUGAUUUUGCCAUGGGACAAAAGAAUCCAAAAGUUCAAGCUGAAGCACUGAUUUGGUUAUCAAACGCAAUUAAAGAGUUCGGCUUUGUGGUCCAACCAAAGCCAAUUAUUGAAACUGCGAAAAAAGGCAUUAGUGCGACUAACCCUGCAGUACGAACUGCCGCAAUUACGCUCGUCGGGACGUUAUUUUUGUACAUGGGUCCGCCUCUGCGGACGUUUUUUGACGGGGAAAAACCAGCUCUUUUGCAGCAGCUUAACACAGAAUUCGACAAGUAUUCCGGUCAGACACCCCCCGCCCCCACACGAGGAGCCGCCCCUAAGAAGCAAGCUGAAGGUGAAGAGGAAGAAUCCCAAGAAGUUGAAGAAGUAAACGUUGUCGACCUUAUCCCUCGUACCGACAUAAGUGGGUCAAUCACCGAAACGAUCAUUACUGAGUUAAACGAUAAAAAUUGGAAGGUGCGUAAUGAAGCCUUGCAAAAGGUGACAACCAUUUUGAAUGAUGCCAAAUUCAUCACACCCCAAUUGGGAGAAUUACCGACCGCACUUUCUGCAAGAAUGUCUGAUUCAAAUACUAAUUUAGUUCAGCAAGCUUUGACAAUUGGUCAAGCUCUUGCCGUUGCUAUGGGACCGAACUGUCGCCAGCAUGUCCGCAUUCUUUUACCUGGAUUUCUACAAGCACUCUCAGUGAAUAAGCCAACUGUCCGUGCCACGGCUAUAACUUGUUUGAACACUUGGGUAGAACAAUGCAACGGAAUGAAAGAAUUCUUUGAAGGUGAAGUCAUUGCUGACGCACUGAAAGCUGGAAAUCCUUUCGUCAAGGCAGAUUUACUCACUUGGUUAGCUGAAAAACUUCCCAAUGUCAAUGCGAAAGUACUAAAUAAGGACGACUUAACUGCCUGCGUACCUCAUUUGCUUGCGGCCAUUGAGGAUCGCACAGCUGAUGUGCGUAAAGCAGCUCAAGAUGCCACCCUUGGUUUCAUGAUUCAUCUCGGAUACGAGAGCAUGAGCAGGCAUGCUUCGAAACUGAAGCCUGCCUCAAAGUCCAUCGUACAAGCACAUCUCGAUAAAGUUCGCCCUAAUUUACCUACUAAACCAGUUGCUGCUGCUGCUCCUCCUCCAGCUCAAGCAGCUGCUAAGGCAAAAGUUGUUGUUCCUCAGUCUUCAAAGGAAAUUCCGAAAGAGGAUGAAGAUUCUGGGAAAGCUCCUGCUGGAAAAGUCUUAAGAGCCCCAUCGAAGUCUAAGAUUGGCGGAACCGCUGCUUCAGCAGCAGCUGCUCCAGGAGCAAAGAGUAGUCGUAAAAAAGAUGAUGAUGUCGAUACUUCACCGUUACUACCUUUAAAUAAUCUGAAAACCCAGCGCGUCAACGAUGAAGUCAAAUUGAGAGUACUGAAGUGGAAUUUUGCCGUCCCGAGAGAUGAGUUUGUUGAUCAACUGAAAGAACAAAUGAAUGUGGCCGGAGUUAACAAGUCUCUAAUGACGAAUAUGUUCCACAUGGAUUUCAAAUUUCACCUUAAAGCUAUUGAAGCAUUGAAUGAAGAUUUAAACAGUAAUUUAGAGUCCCAAAAAGCCAAUUUGGAUUUAGUUCUAAAGUGGAUGACUUUGCGAUUUUUCGAUACCAAUCCGUCAGUUCUCCUGAAAGGAUUGGAAUACCUUCAAAGUGUUUUUUCGAUGUUGGCUCAAGAGGGCUAUCAUAUGUUGGAUUCUGAGGCUUCGUCAUUCAUACCUUACUUGAUAACAAAGGUUGGUGACCCAAAGGAUGCAGUGAAAAAUAGCGUUCAUGGAAUUUUUAAAACUUUAUGGCGUAUAUAUCCGGCUAGCAAACUAUUUCCCUACGCCAUGGAAGGCAUUAAAACCAAAAAUGCGCGCCAAAGAACUGAGUGUCUUGAAGAACUGGGUAGCUUGAUCGAAGAGUUUGGCAUCGCGGUUUGCCAACCUUCUCCUAGUGUUGCUCUUAAAGAAGUCGCCAAGCAAAUUGCUGAUCGAGACAAUGCUGUUCGUAGUGCUGCUCUCAAUUGCAUUGUCCACGCUUAUUGCCAAGAAGGAGAAAAAGUCUAUAAAUUAAUUGGACAGCUCUCUGAAAAAGACAUGUCGUUACUUGAGGAGAGGAUUAAACGUAGCGCUAAAAAUCGUCCACCUCCCGGAGCUGGCCCCGUCAAAACCGCCCAAACUCCUACUCCCAACCCAGCUCCAACCUCGCCCGAUAAUCGAUCUGGCGUACCACUUCGAAGUGCCCGUCCAGCUUCUGCUUACUACGCAUCUGAUAAUAAAAACACCCGGGCAGAAGUGGCAGAACGACCACAGGUUCGACCGAUUUCCGGGGUGUUUGCUUUGGAAUUGGAGCAGACUGUUCAAAAAGCAGCAGGCCUUAGAGGCAACAUUGAUUCAAGCAUACACAUUGAUCUAGUUCAAGUUAAUUUUGAUGAUAUCUUGAACGAGGCUGUUCCUAUGCCACGAUACAAAAGAGCAGCCAUAGGAACGAGUCAUACUGUCGAUCAGUUGGGUAAAACCAAUAGUUCAGAUCCAACCCUGGACAUAAAUAUUUCUCAGAUUGCCCAUCCCUCCUUGAAUGUCUCUUUAAAUGCCGUUCAGUACGUCGAGAACGUCAUCAAUAAAUCAGCGGACGAGAGUUGGCUGGAGACCCGAGUAGAUCAAAUACUGAUCGGUUGUACGAUGCAAUUGAGACUUUUAUACCAAUCUCAAGAUCGUUCAUUGAAAGAUGUCAUUCAAGGCUACAAAGCACUCCUUCGAUUAUUGAUGGCGCUCUUUGUUCAAAGUAAUCUUGCUCAGCGCGGAUCACGAGAUGUCUUGCGCGACUUAGCUCACCUGAGUUUGCAUGUCAUGCUGGAUUCCCGAUUGGAAACGGCGGAUGACGCUGAUCAGGUUGUUCGAGCAUUGAAUGUGCUCGUUUUGAAGAUGGUUGAAAAAUCAGAUCACACAGCAAUGACCAGCGCUCUACUACGACUCCUUCAUGACGCCGUGGGUAGUGAUAAUUCAAAUAGCAAGUACAUCGAACUUGUAAUGAAAUGUUUAUGGAGGAUUGUUCGAAAUUUGAGCGACUGGAUUAAUACCAUAAAUAUAAGUACUAUUUUGGUGGAUCUCCAUACUUUCCUCAAGACUUAUCCGUCAUCAGUUUGGAAAGAUCGUCAAUCGGAUACACCUAUAAGAACUAUCAAAACUAUCAUUCAUACUCUCGUGAGGCUACAGGGUGAUGCCAUUCUUUCCAAUUUGGGAACGAUCGAUAAUCUGAAAGAUUCGGAACUGGAGCCUUAUCUUCAGAAACUUCUCAAGAGCGGCGUAUCCAAGGAAAAAGAUGCUGCCAACAAAUUACCUCCCAGUGAUCAGCUAUCCAGUGUGCCUGAAAAAAAAGAUGGAUCAAGUAAAGUACGACGCCUGUCGAAGUCGACUCAGGAAACGUUGACUGCGAUCUUUCGCAAAAUUGGUUCAAAGGAACUUUCUCAAGAGGGUCUUGCGCAACUUUAUGAAUUCAAACAGCGAUACCCGGAUGCCGACAUUGAGCCAUUUUUGAGCAGGUCGUCUGAUUUCUUCAAGAACUACAUCGAACGAGGACUGAAGUUCAUGGAAGAGAAGAAGCGAAAGGAACUUGCUGAUGGUUUACUAACUCCUGACAACAAUAACCCUGUCGAAGGGAGUCCAGUUCAACAAUCAUCUGGCUCCGAGUCCGGAGUAAAUCCAGAUGCAUACAGGGAAAGGCUGAAGAAACUUCGUGCCCUCGCUGGACUGGAAACCAGUCAUGUUGCAAGUUCGAAUUCUAGCAGCACGAUGAAUCAAUUUGGAUACUCAUCGUCAUCGUCAUCCAUUACCGUUACUCAGACACGGACUGUCUCAACAAUAUCUGCGGACUUCGAAAACGUACCCCUGGUUCCAAACGUCACGUCGAGUUCUUCAGCUACAAGUGGUAUUGAAGACUAUCGCCGACGCUUGGAGAUGUUGAAGAGCGGAGGUCAUCUUUCUUAAGGAAUUGAAUGACUCGCUAGCAAAACUGCUUGCCCCUUUUGUUCUGAGCUAUAGCAAAGCGCUCCGAUCAAACUUUUAAAAAUGCACCUUACUUGAUGCUUUCGAUAUUCUUUUUUUUUCUAUCUUUUGGUUUGUUACGUCCCUUAUUAUCGAAUCGUUUGUAGCCUUCACAUUUCUCUCAAAAUGUCAUUUGUGCUCUAGUAAACCUAAAUUUGCCUCGUAAUAAACCGAUCACACAUUUCUAAGAGUA